UCUAAUUAAUAGGGAUCAAUCACAUGAAUUUUCUAUGAUCAUUACUACUUACCAUAUUCUUUUACUUAUUCUAAAUAAAAAAGUGAAGACUCGAGUCAAAUAGUGCAUUUGGAGAUGGCCAGGACAUGGAGAGACCAAAUAGCUGUUGUUACCAACCACCCCAAAGUACCUAACUAUCCCAGUUUUUGCUUUCUUUACCUACUCACCCACCUACUCCCCCCCCACCCCACGCCCACCCCACCCCACAAACAACAACCAAAUUCUUCCUUUGCUCAUUGCAUUAAUCAGACCACCAAAAGGGCUAAGGGGGUUGAUUCAUUUCAUACAACUUGGGCGAGUUAAAGAAAAUGCCCCUUACUGAUUCAGCCCAAAACAAACAGCCUGGUGUCAUCACCUGCAAAGCUGCUGUGGCAUGGGGACCAGGAGAACCAAUGGUGAUAGAGGAGGUGGAAUUGAGUCCACCUCAGCCAAUGGAAAUUCGUGUUAAGGUUGUCUCUACUUCUCUCUGUCGCAGUGAUGUCACUGCUUGGUUGUCACAGGCUCAGGCUUCUAUAUAUCCUCGGAUAUUUGGUCAUGAAGCAUCAGGGAUUGUUGAGAGUGUUGGGCAAGGAGUGACUGAAUUUGAAGAAGGAGACCAUGUGCUUACCUUAUUUACUGGGGAAUGCAUGAGUUGCCGACACUGUACCUCAGGCAAAAGCAACAUUUGCCAAGUUCUUGGAUUGGAACGGAAAGGGCUUAUGCACAGUGAUCAAAAGACGCGGUUCUUUAUAAAAGGGAAGCCCGUUUAUCAUUAUUGUGCAGUUUCAAGUUUUAGUGAAUACACAAUUGUACACUCUGGUUGUGCGGUCAAGGUUAGUCCAAUUGCACCUUUGGAUAAAAUCUGCCUCCUCAGUUGUGGAGCGGCAGCAGGUCUGGGUGCUGCUUGGAAGGUUGCAAAUAUCUCUGAAGGAUCAAAAGUGGUCAUUUUUGGUCUUGGAACUGUAGGCCUUUCUGUUGCACAAGGUGCUAAAAUGCGGGGAGCAUCUCAGAUUAUCGGUGUGGAUGUGAUGCAAGAGAAAUACGAAAAAGCGAAGGCUUUUGGCGUGACAGACUUUCUGAACCCAAACGAUACUGAAGAACCCAUUCCACAGGUUAUAAAACGCAUAACUGAUGGAGGUGCAGACUAUUCAUUUGAAUGUAUAGGAGAUACAGGAAUGGUUACCACUGCAUUGCAGUCUUGUUGUGAUGGAUGGGGCUUGACUGUCACACUUGGAGUACCCAAGCUGAAGCCGGAGGUAACAGCUCAUUACGGACUUCUUCUUAUGGGUAGAACAUUGACAGGAUCCCUAUUUGGAGGAUGGAAACCGAAGUCUGAAAUUCCUUCAUUAGUCGAGAUGUACCUAAGGAAGGAGAUCGAGAUAGAUGACUUGAUCACACAUAAUCUGCCAUUUGAGGACAUAAACACAGCUUUUGAUCUGAUGAAAAAUGGCGCUUGUUUGCGCUGCGUUAUACACAUGCCUUAGUAGAAGGUCUUCCAAUGGCUGACAACUUGUUGAAUUUUACUUCAUGCUUUCUGUUACCUCAAAGUGGAAUUAGCAAAACACAGUGAACUGCCAGAAAUUUCGAUGUUGUAGUAUAGUGUAUGAGUUUAUCAUAUUAUUUUGUUGUACUGUUUCA